AUGAGCGACAGUGUCGAGAGUAUCAGUGAAGAUGUAGCUGGAGACAUCGCCACAGAGCAUCAACCUUCAGAGAACGUGGACCCUUUUCAUCUCUCAAUCAUCUCAUUCGGUCACGCAAACGGACCUCUCAAGCCGAUCGGAUCCGAGGCUGUCGAGCAGCUCACCUUUUCUGUGCGGGAUGUCGGGAACCCACCCGCCAGGCUGCGGAACACGCAUACAGGUGUUUCGGCACGUCUGCGAAAAGAGAUCUUUGGCAAUCAAGCCGCGAGAAGGAAGCUCGAUACCAUGCUUCAAGCUGUGGAGGCGAAAAUGAUUGAGUUCAGCAAAGCGCAUAUCCAGGCGGAGCACACGAUGGAAGGGCUGCGCUCACUCUUGCCGGUCUCCCCUACGCUUCUCAUUGGAAUCAUGUGCGAGCAAGGCAAGCACCGUAGUGUGGCUUUUGCCGAGGAGCUGGCUCGGAAGAUCACGCCUAAAGACGGCUGGACGGUGUCAGUUGAGCAUCGCGAUCUCGGUGUCUUCCUGCCCAAUGCCGAGAAUGAAGACCUGGAUGAGCGGACCGCGAAUACAAAGGCCCUCCGUAAGAGCAAAAGGCAGCGUGAGCGAGAAAGAAAGCAAGGUAGGUCGUUGGCAGGGGAAGGUUUCGAAGAUGAUACCCUCGGUUGUGAAGAAAUGCAGUAA